UCUCCACCAGAAUCUGUAUCCGGUUUGUCCAUGUUGAGUGCCACCUGUGGAAGAGUAGGACAAGUUGCACCAACCUCCACAGGCAUCCCCCAGUUUCAAUAUGACUUGCCGAUGGGGUCCUCCUCAGGAAUGUUUCAGCUUUGGAGCAAUGAUGCAUUCGGGAGUUCUCACACAAUGUCAUUCAGUCCUCCAAAGGCUCAAUAUGCGCUUGGGACUGUGCCAUCAGCAUUGGCAUCCCGGGAACUUCCCCUGACCCCUCCAGCAGAAUCAGUCUACACUUUUGAGUUAUCUUCUGUGAAGAUCUUGGCAACUUCAGUUUCUGAAGGCUCAGCCUACUCCUACCCAGAAGCUAACGGAAUCACUCAGAACUUGCCCAACUUUAUUCCUAGUUCUUCAGCCUUGCCAAACAGACAUGUGUCACCCAGUCACCCAGAAGAAAUCCCAUGGUGGAGUGUGCAACAGCCCAAUCCUGUCAUUCCACAUCAUCUCCCCUUUGGAAGGGCCAUGGUCUUGGGUCAUCAAAGCCAGCUUUCAUCUGCAUUCCUUCAGACCUCUUCAAAAAGUCUUCUGAACUGUGCCCGACGUUGUAGGAGAUGUAGGUGUCCUAACUGUCAGUCUCCAGGCACUAGUGGAGACCAAGGUAAGAAGAAACAGCAUAUCUGCCAUAUUCCUGGCUGCGGCAAAGUGUAUGGAAAGACCUCCCACCUAAAGGCCCACCUGAGGUGGCAUGCUGGGGAACGUCCCUUUGUAUGCAACUGGCUCUUUUGUGGGAAGAGUUUCACCAGGUCGGAUGAGUUGCAACGACAUCUGAGAACUCACACGGGAGAGAAACGCUUCUGCUGUCUGGAGUGUGGCAAGAGGUUCAUGAGGAGUGACCACCUCUCCAAGCACACCAAAACCCACCAAAAUCAACGGAUGAAACACCAUGGCAUGAGUUUGGAAAACAUUAAGCAGGAGGAAGAAGGCAGAGCUUUCCUGUAG